CUAAACAAUGAAAUAAUAUAGGAGGAAGUAAGUUUAGAAGGGGUCAUAUUUUAUAAUUCUGCUUGCCCAUAUAUAUAUAUAUAUAGAGAGAGAGACAUUAAACCAUAUUUUUUUCUAUUGUCGUGGCGCAGAGCGCAUUAAAGGGUGUUAUACGUGAGUACGAUUACUGGUCAGUUUGUUUGGUGUCUCUCGUAUAAUUGAAUGCUACACAGAAUGGUCAAUCUCUUGAAGUUAUUACUGAUGACCUUGUCAGUGGUCGCCUGUUUAAGCACUAAUGUUUCAGAACUUGCUACUUUAAAGUUAGAGGCCAAGCCAGGAACCAUUCGCCCUGUUCUGUCUAAAGUACUCGAACUGAGAUGUUCAGUGCAGAAUAAGAACUGGGAGUCUCUCGACCAAAGUAAGACAACUCCCACAACACAACAAUCCACUUCCCAGCAGUCAUUAUGGAACGACACGGUCAAUUCGUUUGACGAUUCAAAAUGGGAAAGCUCCAGUUCUCAAGGUCAGGCGGAAUUUUCUCGUCUGCUGACACUGGUCGUGACAAAGUUAAACACAGAAACGGGCGAGAAUGAAACAAUAGCCAGUGUGACCGGAUGUGAUACUCCAGUGAUUGAAAAGAAAUUCCUAAACACUCUCCAGGUUUUAGGUAGCACUGAAGGCUCACCAAGAGGCGGGGAACAGGGCUACCUGACUUUAACAUGGAACACACCAAUCAAGAAACAUGCCGGCUACUUCACUUGUGAGGCGUACGCCUUAAACUCCAACAAGCACCCAGCCUCACUUAACGCCUCUCUGCAAGUCAAGGCCGUGCAGCCACAAAUUUCUGAUGUGGUCAGUUUUAUUUCUACGCUGGACAAGUACAUCUUUGACAUGAAAGCCAAGGUCACCGAAGUGUAUGAAGAAAAUAAAAAGUUAAGAGAACAAGCCAGGGAAUUGGCUUCAAAAAACGAGCAGAUACUAAAACGAAUGGACUCAAGGGGUGAUUGGCCAAGAUACUUAGCGCGAGGCGAUGAUUGACUACUCCGCAUAUAUACACAACCAAAACUCCGAAAAUGAUGUCACAGAACUGUGUUGGCGUUUCUAACUAUUUCUACUGAAUUCUAGUGUUUCUAAGUCUCUUGCACAAAUCUUAGUAAAAUAAUUAUCGUGGGUGACUCGUGGCUGGAAACUACAUGUUUGAACUAUAUAUCAGCUUAAUAUAACUGUCUUUAGUAGCUCACUAUAGCAUAGCACGUCAAUCACUUAUAUUAUCGUGGGUGACUCGUGGCUGGAAACUACAUGUUUGAACUAUAUAUCAGCUUAAUAUAACUGUCUUUAGUAGCUUACUAAAGCAUAGCACGUCAAUCACUUAUUAAUAAUCAGAGUUUCAAUGAUAUCAAAUAAAAGCUUCUGUAGAA